UGAAAAUGGCGACCUUCAUGGGAUGCGUACACGUUGUGCUAGUUUUUCUCACGUUUUCAGUGUUUUGCACCGAUUCAAGGGAAAGAGACUUAAACCCUAGAGAUUACCUGAAGCGGGAGCAUUCUUUGGUGAAACCAUACACCGGAUCAGGAAUGAACAUUCCAUUAUGGGAUUUCCUUGGCAGUACCAUGGUUACCAAUAACUAUAUCAGACUUACAGCAGAUAGACAGACCCAAAAUGGAGCCAUAUGGAAUAAAAUUCCAUUGUAUGUGAGAGACUGGGAGUUACAUGUGCACUUUAAAGUGCAUGGGAAGGGUAGAGGAACUCUGUUUGGAGAUGGAUUUGGAAUUUGGUAUGUGAAGGAUAGGAUGGAACAAGGUAAUGUGUUCGGUAACAAGGAUCAUUUUAAGGGACUUGGUAUAUUUAUAGACACCUACAGUAAUCACAAUGGUCCACAUAAUCAUAGACAUCCAUAUCUAUCAGCCCAAGUAAAUAACGGUACAUGGGCAUAUGACCAUGAUCGGGACGGUACACAUACUGAAGUAGCUGGUUGUGAAGCCUUAGGAUUACGUAAUGUCGACCAUGAUACAACUUUGGCUGUUAGGUAUUCACAAGAUAGGCUCACUGUUAUGUUGGACAUUGAUGCUCAGACAACACUUUUGCUGCACGAUGUACUGGGACAUAAAUUUCAUUUUUUUUUAUUUCAUUAUUCAGAUAACCAUGAUAUAAUUUCAAUGAAACUCUAUGAAUUAGAAGUCUCAAAGGCGGAGAAAGAUGGAGAUGUAGAUUACACUCAAAUUGACCCUCAAGCUGAUUUCUUUGCUCCACCAAGAGAUCACGUAGAUGAUCCAAGUGGUGCGUUUAAAAAUGUUUCACUCAGCUGGGGCAAACUAAUUUUACUCAUAUUUUGCAUAUGUCUUGGUGCUUUGGUUUGUAUUAUUGUAGGCGUGGUGAUCUUUCAGAAAAAACAAGAACAAAACAGAAAAAGAUUUUACUAACUCGUUAGAAAGUAAUGUACAUACCAUUUUGUAAUCGUCCAUCUCCAAAAAAAUUUGGAUAACCAGGCUUCACUUUCAUAUUUUUACCCACCAUGCAUAUGAAAUAAUGCUUCAGAAGCUUACCUUAAAUCUGGUUUAGUCCAUAUUUGGCGUUCCUCUGCCCCAAAAACCUGGCUCUUUCAUUGUCUUUUUCACUUCUGGUUUUAUUGAAAUGCGGAAUUUAAUAUUUAUUUUUAAAUCAGCUUCAAACCCAGGGAUCAUUCACAGUUAUGUUUAAAUUUUAUAAAAUGUUAAUUGUUUCCAGUCUGGUAUGUUAUUGACAACUGAACAACUAUUUUCUAACAAAAGUGAAGACAAUAUUUUUGACAUAUAAUUGCAAUUUCUGAAAAUAUUAAAUCUGAAUGGAAGUAAGAUGUAGAAAAUUGUUAUUUUUGAAUUCUGCACAGGACUGAUAUGCCAUUAUACAAUGACAUGUAUGCACUAACAUGCAACAAGUGUAGAAGUCUUUGCAGUUAGAGAAAUAUUUUAUUAAAACAAACUUACUUUAAAAAGUUUUUGAGUCAAGUACCUGUUUUUUUUUUUUUUGCAUAUCAAAUAAUUUAAAAAUUGCACCAAAUUAAAUAAAUUGCACAACCAAUUGUGUGGAAUCUACCAGGUUUAACAUUUUUAGUAGUAAUUACCAUAUUUUCUUCUUUCAUUACUCUUUGAUAAAAUAGUUUCAUUUAAUUUUGAGUAUCUAUACUAACUGUUGGCUGUCAGAAAUCAGAUGUUCAAACUCUUAUGAAAUGACCUGCGUAUUGAACCUUUGAACCCAGAAGUCAGCUUUGUUUCACAAAAUAAACCUGCAUACUUUUUUCCAUGGAAGUUAACAAAAAACUUGUAAUAGAAAAGUUCAUAAAAUUUUGCAUCAACAUUUUGGUGUAAAAACAUUGGUGUUCAAAGAGUUUAAAUGCUACAUUAACUGGUACAGAAGUAGCUGCUGACAACGAACAGUUGGUGAUUCAUUUGAAGAACUAGUACCUAAAUUAUUUGAUGAAACAUUCAUUUUUCUCAAUUCUGUUAUUUAAAUGGUUUUAUUUUUAAACAACUUUUUAAGUAAAAUAAAUUUUGUGUUGUUAAGACUAUGAUAUAGACAAUAUACAGUCCUUACAACCCAUAGAAGCAUUAUUAAUAAAAUUACAAUUUAAUAAACAAAAUAUAAUUUUGAUUAUGGCAAUGUUUCCGCACAGAAUGCAUCUGAAGUUGACACUCUUGAAGAAUUUAUAUUGAUCUUCUCAAUAUUACUGUGGGUUAUACUAAUCAACUGUCGAAAUAAACCUGUAUAAAACAAAUCCUUCAUCUUUGUCUAUAAACCGAAUACUUCUUAAUAUGGGACUAUUUUCUGAAUUAUUUAUGCGUCUAAUUUAGACCAGUUAGGGUGAGGUGUUAAAAUCUUUUUCUUCUUCCAAUAUGAAUGAAUAUAUGCCAUCCAUUACUGAAUUACUUAACUUUAGCUGGAAUUAAGUUAACUUGUGUUGUAUGUUUCACUAAUUUGACUUACAUGUGAACCAUACGGAUACAAAUUUACCACUGGCAAAAUAAAUUAUUCUACAUUUUCAAAGUAAAGUUGCACUCUGAGGUCAUUUUAUAAAGGUGUGUGGGAUCUUGGGAGUAUUAUAUGGGCUGAAUUUGUCGUAAUUUCAAUUGUUUUUAAUGUGUCCCAAUGCUGGCAAUUGAUUUGACUACUCAUUGAUUGUGCAUUGGAAUAUCAUACUUUUGAAUUAUAGUCAGAUGCUUGAGUUUUCACAGGAUUUCACUUCUUUUUCAAAUUACUACAUGUACUAACAGCUUUUUAAGUAAUUCAAAAUCAGGGCAAAUUCAGGCAAUCAUUGAAUAAUUCCCUUAAUUCGCACAUAUUUAAAUUAUUGAAAAAUGUUGUGCCUUAGUGAGUCCCAAGAUUCCAAUAUUAUUCCAGUAUUAUCUCAGAGUAAAACUUGUAGUGCCAAUAACUCUUGUAUUGAUAACAUGGGUUAAAGAACAAAUGGCAUGUAAUCUUUCAUUGUUUCUCAUCUGGUCACUCGUAUGAAAUUUUCCCACUGAUCAACAAGGGUAUUGCAUGACAAAAUGCCAUGUACUUGCCUUAAUGUUUGUGGAGGUACAUUUUGUAUGAUAGUUAUUUUCAUGAGUAAUGUGGUGUAUCCUGCUGUUGUAUUUUCAGCACCACAUCAACUGAAAAUAACUUGCAUAUCCCAUUAAUAAAAUCGUUGCACAAGUUGUAAUUACCUCAUCAAAGAUGAGUAUGAGUGGAUGCGAAGAACAGUGAUUGGUUAAUCUGGCUUCCUGUACUCGCAGCACAUGUUGCGAUUAUGUGCAGUAAUAACAAAAGACAAGUGUUGGAGUGUAUAUUUCUGACGCAUAUCACCUGGCUGUACGCAAGUGUAUAAAAACUAGAUAAGAGCUGGAUAUGCAUGUGUGCACAAUAUGGCAGACAACAAUGCCAAUAAAUUUAAAACUACAGUGACAUGUAGGCCCACACUGUUGCAUCUUUUUAGGUAUAAAAAAAAAAGGGUGACCAAUUUAGUAUGUAGAAGUGCACUCUAGUAGAAGCACAUGUGAACCAAAAAUUGCAUUUUGUACUCAGAAUCAUUAAAAUAUCACUUAUUUUGGCCAUAGAAACAUUUAAUUUACAUAGCAGUCAUAACAAUCUUAGUAUAUUGUAGGACUUACUUGGGUCAAAAAUUUGGCCACUGAAUUUUGAGCAGAGUGCUCUUAUAACAAUACAGGCGCGAUCUCAUGGAUGUGCAAUGAUAUGGAGAUUAUCAACUUUGAAUCUGAUGUAUUCUUUCCACCAUGCUAGAGUUAGCAUAGUAAACCAUGCAUGGCUUGCUUUAAGUCGUUUCUUUAAGGAUAUUUUGAUACGUGUAGUAUAAAAGCUCUCAAGUGAGUUUACAAUGGGAAAUGUUUAUUUAUUAAUAUGUGGACAAAUGUAGAUAAUGUAUUUUUCAGCUGGUUUAAUUGCAAUAAAAUAAUUUUCUUG